ACUCUCACUCUCACUCUCACUCUCUCUCUCUCUGCGUGUGUAAGUUUUUGUUUGCUUCUCUUUGUUUUGUUCUUCUUUUCAUUUUCAAUCUGUCAUGGAACCUCAACAACAAAACCAACCUCCGAACGAGGAUGGCGGCAGUGGGAAAGGGGGGUUUCUAUGUAGGCCAAGUAGUACACGUUGGACUCCUACAACUGACCAGAUAAGAAUUCUCAAGGACCUUUACUACAACAAUGGAGUUAGGUCCCCAAGUGCUGAGCAGAUUCAGAGGAUCUCUGCUAGGCUGAGACAGUACGGCAAAAUUGAAGGCAAGAACGUAUUUUAUUGGUUUCAGAACCACAAAGCUCGUGAAAGGCAGAAGAAAAGGUUCAAUACUGAUGUUCCCAUGCAAAGAGGGGCUGGUAAUGGAGGUUGGAAACCUGAAGAAUCCAUCCACAACAAGUACCCCAUGGCUAACAUAACCUCUGGGUUUCCUGCUUCGUCUUCUUCAUCUGGGGUGAUUUCUGUGGGGCAGAUGGGGAACUAUGGAUAUGGAUCUGUCACGAUGGAGAAGAGCUUUAGAGACUGCUCAAUAUCAGCUGGAGGUGGCGGUGGUGUUGGUGGAUCAAUCAGCCACAACUUUGGAUGGGUAGGGGUUAAUGAUCCCUACUCCUCGUCCUACACUUUCCUUGACAAGAGAAUGUCAAUGGAAGAAAAUUCCGGAGAAGGAGAUCAUCAUGAUGAAGAAGAAGAAGAAGAAGAAGAAGCUGCUCCAGAGAUAGAAACACUGCCACUGUUCCCCAUGCAUGGUGAUGACAUAAAUGGCUUCUGCAACAUCAGUACUCCUUCAUCCAACGGCUUCUACACCACCUGGUAUCGCUCUGGCGGCGAUGACGGCAAAAGCUCUUCUCGUACUUCCCUGGAGCUCAGCCUCAACUCCUACUCUCGCAGAUCUUCACCCCAACAUUAACCGCAGUUUCAGAUGGCAUUUCUGGGUACCUAUCCAGAUAUAUAUAUAAAAUUUUAAUAUGCUAAUUAAUAAGGCUUGUUUUCUUCUUUUUCAGUUCAAACUACUCUACUAAUUAUUAAUUGUGAAGUUGACAUGUGUAUGUGAAGAACUUAAAUGGGUGCAUGAUUAGUUUAA